AUCCCAUAAAAAUCCACACAUUACUCGACUUUUGGAGUUCUCUCUCUCUAGUUUUCUCUCACAUACUAUAAUUGUCAACAUGGAAUAAUAUAUAUACGCAGCACCAACACAUACACACUUGUUUUUGUAUAUCUUAGUGUAUCAUCACACCACAGGCUACUCAUCACUCUUUUUUUUGUCCCUAUUCGGAGCUCCAAAUCCGGCCCCUUUUUGCUCUUGAUGGAUUCGUGCGGGUUUUCUUCGCCGCGGACCGAGUGUUUUCCGGCCGGUCUCCGGGUGCUGGUGGUGGACGACGAUCCCACGUGGCUCAAGAUUCUUGAAAAGAUGCUUAAGAAGUGCAAUUAUGAAGUAACAACAUGUAAUCUGGCGAGGGAGGCUCUCGACUUGCUGCGCGAGCGCAAGGAUGGGUUUGAUAUUGUGAUCAGCGAUGUUAACAUGCCAGACAUGGAUGGUUUCAAGCUGUUAGAGCAUGUCGGCCUGGAGAUGGAUCUGCCCGUCAUAAUGAUGUCUGUGGAUGGGGAGACGAGCAGGGUUAUGAAGGGCGUCCAGCACGGUGCUUGUGACUACCUUCUCAAGCCGAUCAGGAUGAAGGAGCUGCGCAACAUAUGGCAGCAUGUGUUCAGGAAGAGGAUACACGAGGUGAGGGAUUUUGAAGGCCACGAGAGCCUUGAUGAGAUGAUGCUCAGAGGCGGAGCAGACCUCUUGGAUGAUGGCUUCUUCUUCGGUGGGGAUCCAGUUCCCGGAAAGAAGAGGAAGGACGUUGAUCACAUGAGUGAUGACCGCGUGGGAGGCGAUCCCUCCUCGUUGAAGAAGGCAAGGGUGGUUUGGACUGUAGAUCUUCACCAGAAGUUUGUCAAAGCUGUCAAUCUCAUUGGGUUUGAGAAAGUCGGCCCAAAGAAAAUCCUCGAUCUGAUGGGCGUUCCGUGGCUAACUAGAGAAAAUGUAGCUAGUCACCUACAGAAGUACCGGCUCUACUUGAGCAGGUUACAAAAGGAGAACGAGCUGAGAACCACGCUUGGUGGGACAAUGCACUCGGAUUUACCUCCGAAAGAUGCUGCUGCUGGUCCAGGAAACGCGUCCCUUCAAACUCUGGACACUAAGAGCUCUAAGCAGAACAUUUCUGUUCAUCACGACGAUCCUAGAAACUGCGAAGGAAUCGCCAAGGCGAGUCCUACGCCAAUGGCAGAGACCAAGGCUGCUGAGAUCAGUGAUCUUGCAAAAAGUAGCACCUCGAGUAUCAGCUUUGAUCGCUCUUUUGUAGAGAGUUCUGAUGCAAAAUCCGAGCCUACGAUCCAAGUUCAGUACUCAUGGAGCGCAGGAGCUUCGCCUCUCCAGUUCAAACCCGAGCAGAAGCCACAAGCCAGAGCCCCACCCAUUGGAUUCAAGCAAGAGCAGAAACCACCUCUCCGGUUCAAGAAAGAGCAACAGGCACCACUGUUUGUUGCAGAGCACCGGUUUGAUCACGCUCCUGUGGCCGUGCAUCACAGGAAAGAUAACAAAGCCUCCGAUAAACCAUCACCAACUGCAACAGACCCUCCAUACAGCAAGGCAAAAAGGGGCCAAUCGAGCAAGGCAACCAAAGUUGAGAGCACUGCAGCAUUGUUCUGUAUUCAGCCCGAAAGACCUUUUACAGAUUGCCACACCAUUGAUCCAAUCCCGAGCUCCAUAUGGAGCACCAAGACCAGCCAGAGCUUCGAACAGAAUCUAUAUGAUGAACCUUGGCACAUAAAUGCGCUUCUUGGAACUGGAUCAGCUCUCGCAAGUGACUACACCUCCCAAUACCCACCAAAUCCCUACCUUGGCACUAUAGACCCAUUCUGUUUCAACGGUCAAGAGCUCAUCACCGACGUCUCUUCCCUAAAGUUCCUGAUCGACCCUGUAAUAGACGAGGGUCUGUACAUUGCUUGAGCCUCGCUAUGUUAGGACUAUAUAUGCUUGUGAAAUGUCAAAAAAAAGAGAGUGACACAUUCCUAAUAUGGAUGCUGCAGCAUUUGUCAAAAGUGUGCCUCUGUAACUAACCAUAUAUAAUGAGCAGAUUUCUAUCA